AUGACCGUUGCUGUGUAACAUUCAACUCAACCCAAAAUAAAAAUCUAAAUUUUUUUAUCAUUUCACCACUAGAGCACCAGCCAUAAAAAGAGAGACUUUUGAAAUCAUUCAUCCAUCACCAAGAGAACCCGAAUCAAAAACCUUAACCCAGUAGUGUGGUGAUGGAAGGAACCCAAAAGGUGUCUCUUUACGAACAAUGCAGAGAAGAUAGGAUCAAAGAGAAUCUUCAGAGGAUGCAAAAUCUUGGCAUCUUGAAUCUCUCUCGCAAACUCAGAUCCGAGAACCGACCCAUCAAUAGAAGAUCUCACGGUAACCCUAAUGCCGCUCUGAGAUCGACUCCUCCUCUUCAGCCAUCUCGCAGAUCUUCUCGAUUGGAGAACACAACUCCAGUUAUCUACACUGAUGGGAUCAAUGAGAAGGGUAAAAAAGCAACUAAACGAGGGAAUGUGGUGAUUGGUGAAGGGGUAAGGUCAGAGAUUUACACUGAGGAACAUGAGAAGCUUCUUGGGAAUACAGAACGAAGCUGGACUUGUUUUGUUGAUGGCUAUGAUAAGGAUGGCAAACGGAUUUAUGAUCCGUUUAAGGGUAAAACUUGUCACCAGUGCAGGCAGAAAACGAUGGGAUAUCGUACACAGUGCAGUGAAUGCAACAUGGUUCAAGGACAAUUAUGUGGAGAUUGUUUGUUUAUGAGAUAUGGUGAACAUGUGCUGGAAGCUCUGGAGAAUGCAAACUGGACCUGCCCUGUUUGUCGCGAUAUUUGCAAUUGCAGUUUGUGUCGGAAUAACAAAGGAUGGGUUCCAACUGGCCCUAUCUACAGAAGGAUAGCUGCGCUUGGGUAUAAGUCUGUAGCACAUUAUCUGAUUCAAACCAAACGGUACCAAACUGAUGACUCAACCCCAAAUCAAGCUUCUGCAAAGAGAUCACUUUCCUUUAAAGAAAAGAUUGCUGAUGAUGGAGAAGUACCAAAGCUUCAGAUUGAUGAUGAUUCCUUGGAGAAAGAGGAAGAUGAAAACACUAAUGAAAAUCAAAACUGUGAUCUCCUUGAAGAAGUACAAAAUCUUGCGGAGAUCGAAGAUCAGAAUGGUGAUUCCUUGAAGAAAGAGGAGGAUGAGAAUCCCAAUUCAGCUAGAAGGUCACUGAGCUUCAAGCCUUAUGCGGAUAAUCAGACUCCAUGGGUUGAUGUUCAGGUCUUAAGUUGUCUUGAGCCACCAAAUCAAGAUCAUUCAUGUGCUCACACUGGUGAUGAUCUUUCAGAAGUUCAGGAAAAGAUAGGUCAAAACUCGAAUUUGGAGGCGAGACCAGUUAGCUACUUGCUUCCUGUGGAUGACCAGACUCCAUGGGUUGAUGUUCAGGUCUUAAGUUCUCUUGAGCCACUAAAGCAGGAUAAACAAGAACAUUCAUGUGCCCACACUGGUGAUGAUCUUUCAGAAGUUCAGGAAAAGAUAGGACAAAACUCGAAUUUGGAGGCGAGACCAGUUAGCUACUUGCUUCCUGAGGAUGAUCAGACUUCAUGGGUUGAUGUUCAGGUCUUAAGUUGUCGUGAGCCACUAAAGCAGGAUAAACAAGAACAUUCAUGUGCCCACACUGGUGAUGAUCUUUCAGAAGUUCAGGAAAAGAUAGGACAAAACUCGAAUUUGGAGGCGAGACCAGUUAGCUACUUGCUUCCUGAGGAUGAUCAGACUUCAUGGGUUGAUGUUCAGGUCUUAAGUUGUCGUGAGCCACUAAAGCAGGAUAAACAAGAACAUUCAUGUGCCCACACUGGUGAUGAUCUUUCAGAAGUUCAGGAAAAGAUAGGAAAAAACUCGAAUUUGGAGGCGAGACCAGUUAGCUACUUGCUUCCUGUGGAUGAUCAGACUCCAUGGGUUGAUGUUCAGGUCCUGAGUUAUCUUGAGACGCCAACACAGGAUAAACAAGAACAUUCAUGUGCCCGCAUUGGUGAUACUCUUCCAGAAGUUCAAGAGAGGAUAGGACAAGACCUUAAUUUGGAGACAAGACCUAGGGAAAGUCAGACGCCUGUAGUCAAAGCUCAUAACAAGGUCCUAAGCGAUGAGACAGAGACCGGGGUUAACUCAGUGAGGACUCGAGUAACGAGUAGUAAGAGGAAGGCGGCUCUUGAACCUAAUCAAAAUAGCAUUGGUGGAAGACUAAGGCAGCGCCGAAAAAUCCAAAGUGAGGUUUAGAAUAAGUUCCAGAAGAAACCUUAACGUCUUUUGUUAAGCUACAUGAUGACUCUUUCUGUUUCUUUUUGGUAUUUUUUAAUGCUUAUGUGCAAGUAUCUUUUGUUUAAAAUCUAUCUAAGAAUGAUU